GGUUGCGGCUUCAAACUUAUUCGGAAAGACACAACUACUCCUUUACUGACCGAGGCACUAGCCUUCCGGAGGUCUUUAUCUAUGAAUUCAAGGAAUUGCACUUUGAAACAGACCGCUUGCAACUCUACGAAGCAUGACACAUGUCCAUGUUGAAGAGGUUUCGCAAAAUCUUAUUCUCUUGUUUGGACUGAUGUAAUUGCCUCUAUAACCACUGGAUUGAAAACCAUCACUGAUUGAGGCGGCGGAAGGACAAAAGCAAAUAUCUCAGGCUUAUUCUUUACGCACAAAUUGGCAUAUAUGACUUCCACUAUGCAAACAAAGAACCGCCAGAAAGCGAUUUUUCCUAUCGAAUAAACUGAUCCAAACACAGAAUAAGCUAACCUUAACACACAAUAUAAACUACCCAUUUUGAAUAGAGUGACGUUAACAGAGUUCGAAGUUGUUGGAGUUGUCUGAAAAAACAGAACACUUGUUUGCAGCUGAACUAUGGAGGAUGUGAAGGGGAACAGUGGGAGUGAAACACCGACAACAACUUUGGUUUUUGCUGUGAAUGGUGAGAAGUUUGAGCUCUCCAACGUUGACCCAUCAACCACUUUGCUUGAGUUCUUGCGGAUUCAAACUCGAUUCAAGAGUGUCAAGCUUGGUUGUGGUGAAGGCUUUGACAUGGUUGGUUUCAGGUGGUUGUGGUGCUUGCGUAGUUUUGAUCUCCAAAUAUGAUCCUGUGCUUGACAAAGUUGAGGAUUUUACAGCAAAUUCUUGUCUCACACUACUUUGCAGCGUACAUGGGUGUUCAAUAACAACUAGUGAAGGCAUUGGAAAUAGUAAAAAAGGACUCCACCCAAUCCAUGAAAGAUUUGCUGGAUUCCAUGCUACUCAAUGUGGCUUUUGUACUCCUGGAAUGUGUGUUUCACUCUUUGGGACUCUUGUCAAUGCUGAGAAGACAGAUCGUCCGGAGCCGCCAUCUGGGUUCUCAAAACUCACUGUUAGUGAGGCCGAAAAGGCUAUUGCAGGGAACCUUUGUCGCUGUACUGGGUAUCGACCCAUUGCUGAUGCCUGCAAAAGUUUUGCAGCUGAUGUUGACAUGGAGGACUUGGGAUGCAACUCUUUCUGGAGAAAGGGAGAGAGCAAGGACUUAAAUCUUUGUAGGUUGCCUCAAUAUGACAGCCAUCACAAGAAAAUUGGAUUUCCUAUGUUUUUGAAGGAAAUCAAGCACGAUGUGUUCAUGGCUUCUAAGAAACACAGUUGGCACAGACCUGCUAGUGUAGAGGAGCUUCAGAGAUUAUUGGGAUUAAACCAAGCCAAUGGAACCCGGACAAAACUUGUUGUUGGUAAUACUGGUAUGGGAUAUUACAAAGAUACAGGAGGCUAUGAUAAGUAUAUUGAUCUAAGAGGGGUUUCUGAGCUCUCAAAAAUCAGAAAGGAUCAAAAUGGGAUUGAAAUUGGAGCAGCAGUCACAAUAACUAAUGCUAUUGAAGCACUGAAGGAAGAGAGCACAAGUGGCUUUCUCUCAGAUUUUGUAAUGAUACUUGAAAAGAUUGCUGACCAUAUGGGCAAAGUUGCAUCAGGGUUUAUUAGAAACACAGCCACUGUUGGUGGCAAUAUAGUUAUGGCACAAAAGAACAAUUUCCCCUCGGAUAUUGCUACAAUACUUCUUGCUGUGGAUUCAAUGGUUCACAUAAUGACCGGUACACAUUUUGAGUGGCUGGCCUUUGAGGAAUUUCUGGAAAGACCACCAUUAAGCUUUGGAAAUGUACUUUUAAGCAUUAAAAUUCCAAGUUUGGAAAUAAAUAAAGGUGAAUCUUCAGAGCACAGAAAUAGAUUCCUCUUUGAAACUUACCGAGCUUCUCCUCGACCCCUUGGAAAUGCCCUUCCCUACUUAAAUGCUGCUUUCCUUGUUGAGGUGUUUCUAUGCAAGGAUUCUGGUGGAACUUUGAUAGGCAAUUGUAGGCUGUCUUUUGGUGCUUACAGAAAGCAUGCAAUGAGAGCAAAAAUUGUUGAGGAAUUUUUAGCAGGAAAGCUGUUAAGUAUUAGCAUUCUCUAUGAAGCUGUCAACUUGCUUGCAGCCACUAUAUCACCUAAUGAUGAAAACUCAAAAACGGCUUACCAUUCAAGUUUGGCAGCUGGUUUUAUUUUCCAGUUCUUUAACCCUCUGAUUGAAAGACCUUCCAGAAUAACCAAUGGAUAUUCUAAUCUGCCUUUUGCGAAGGAUUUUGAAUUAAAAGAGAAUCAUAAGCAGGUUCACCAUGACAAAAUUCCAACUUUGCUGUCAUCUGGGCAGCAAGUCCUCGAAGCCGGAAAUGAUAAUCAUCCUGUUGGUGAGCCAGUUGUGAAAUCAGGAGCUGCACUACAAGCUUCAGGUGAGGCUGUUUAUGUGGAUGACAUUCCUUCACCACCAAAUUGCCUACAUGGAGCAUUUAUUUAUAGUUCGAAACCUUUAGCAAGGGUAAGGAGUAUAAAAAGCCCUGAAUUGCAGUGGGAUGGAGUGAAGUAUGUAGUUUCAAGUAAAGACAUUCCCAAUGGUGGGGAAAACAUUGGAUCUAAGACUAUAUUUGGUAUAGAACCUUUAUUUGCAGAAGAGAUAGCCAGAUGUGUUGGUGAUCGUCUGGCCUUUGUGGUUGCAGAUACUCAGAAACAUGCAGAUAUGGCUGCAAACACUGCUGUUGUUGCUUAUGACGUUGAAAAUCUUGAACCACCUAUUCUAUCUGUUGAAGAUGCUGUUGAAAGAUCUAGUUUUUUUGAAGUUCCUCCUUUUCUCAACCCAAAAUGUAUUGGUGAUGUAUCGAAAGGAAUGGCUGAAGCAGAUCACAAGAUUCUCUCUGCUAAGAUGAAUCUUGGGUCUCAAUACUAUUUCUACAUGGAGACACAAACUGCACUUGCUGUACCAGAUGAAGACAAUUGCAUUACAGUUUACAGUUCAAGCCAAUGCCCGGAGUUUACACAUUCUACUAUAGCAAGAUGCCUAGGCAUUCCUGAAAAUAGUGUUCGUGUCAUUACAAGAAGGGUUGGGGGAGGUUUUGGAGGAAAGGCCAUAAAAGCCAUAGCUGUUGCUGCAUCAUGCGCACUUGCAGCGCACAAAUUGUGCCGCCCCGUCAGGAGUUAUCUGAAUCGAAAGACAGAUAUGAUAAUGGCUGGAGGAAGGCAUCCCAUGAAGAUAACAUAUAGUGUUGGAUUUAAGAAUGAUGGGAAGAUUACUGCUUUAGAACUUCAGAUAUUGAUCAAUGCAGGGAUAUAUGUGGAUAUAAGUGCAGUGAUGCCGCAUAACAUAGUUGGAGCUCUUAAGAAGUAUGACUGGGGUGCACUAUCUUUUGAUAUGAAGGUAUGCAGAACAAAUCAUCCCAGUAGAUCUGCAAUGAGGGGCCCUGGGGAACUGCAAGGAUCAUUUAUUGCUGAAGCUGUAAUAGAAAAUGUUGCGGCUACACUUUCGGUGGAUGUAGAUUCCGUUAGAACCAUUAAUCUUCACACAUACAAAAGUCUUCAGUCAUCCUAUGAGCAUUGUUGUGGUCAGUCUUUUGAGUAUACUUUACCUUCAAUAUGGAGUCAGUUAGAUGUUGCUGCAAACUAUAACCAGAGAACCAAAAUAGUGACAGAGUUUAACAGAAUUAGCACUUGGAAGAAAAGGGGAAUUUCUCGAGUACCAGUUAUAUUUCAACUGAGUUUAAGACCAACUCCUGGAAAAGUAAGUAUUUUCAAAGAUGGGUCUAUUGUUGUUGAAGUUGGAGGAAUUGAAUUAGGUCAAGGUCUCUGGACAAAGGUGAAACAGAUGGCUGCAUUUGCUCUCAGUGCUAUUCAAUGUGAUGGAACUGGAGCGCUCUUGGACAAAGUGCGUGUUGUACAAUCUGAUACCGUGAGCUUGAUUCAAGGAGGGUUCACUGCUGGGAGCACUACAUCAGAGUCAAGCUGCGAAGCAGUGAGGCUUAGCUGCAAUAUCUUGGUUGAGAGAUUAAGGCCUCUUAAGGAAAAGCUGCAGGAGGAAAUGGGCCCCAUCAAGUGGGAGAUGCUUAUUCUUCAGGCAUACAUGCAAUCUGUGAACUUGUCAGCAUCUUCAUUUUAUGUAGCCAGUAAUGAAUCCGCGAAUUACCUUAAUUACGGUGCUGCUGUAAGUGAGGUGGAAAUAGAUCUUCUGACUGGAGAAACCAGAUUUCUUCAAACAGAUAUUAUCUAUGAUUGUGGACAGAGUCUCAAUCCUGCCGUGGAUUUAGGACAGAUUGAAGGAGCUUUUGUUCAGGGAUUAGGAUUUUUCAUGCUUGAAGAAUAUGAAACAAAUCUUGAUGGUUUGGUCUUGGCAGACGGGACAUGGAAUUACAAAAUACCCACAAUAGAUACUAUUCCUCUACAGUUUAAUGUUCAAAUCCUCAAUAGUGGGCAUCACCAGCAUCGUGUUCUCUCUUCAAAGGCUUCUGGUGAGCCACCUCUACUUUUAGCAGCUUCUGUUCACUGUGCCACAAGAGCAGCUAUCAAAGAAGCAAGGAAACAGCUUCUGUCAUGGAGCAACUUAGAUGGACCAGAUUCAACAUUUCAGUUGGAGGUCCCUGCAACCAUGCCGGUGGUAAAAGAACUCAUUGGACUGGACAUUGUAGAAAGAUACUUGAAAUGGAAAAUGGGCAUGGCGUAAAGGUCCAUAUUAUCCUAGAAAUUUGAGAAGUGUUUUUUAUUUAUUUAUUCAUAUUUUAAUCCUGACAUUGUAGAAAGAUACUUGAAAUGGAAAAUGGGCAUGGCGUAAAGGUCCAUAUUAUCCUAGAAA